AUGAAAAAAUUAAGGUAUUUAUUAAUAAAGUAUUAUUCGGUGCUUAUCCGGGGUUUAAUCCUUACGAAGCUAAAAAAGUCCUGCUACAAGUGCGCGGUAAACCGUAAAUUUCGGUUUAAAAUAAUAUUUAACGGAAUUUCCUUAUUGCGGUGCGCAUGGUUAAAAUGCUGCAUAAUUUUGCCGAAGCUAAAAGGAAUAAAGGUGUUUCCUGUAUUGCUCGAGUUUGGAAAGCACGUUGGCCUUUUCGUUUUGUUUGCUUGGGCGUAUUAUUUUACGGGAGUAAAAGGCUACCGGGUGGAGCUUGCCGUUAAUAAGGUUGCGUUAAAACAAUAUUGCGGGUCGAAAUGCCGCAGGAUGGGUGGCGAGGUAAAUGUUUGUUUUAAGGCUUUAAAAACGGUUUGCAUUUUUGCUGUUUAUAUCCAAUCCUUUUUUAAAAGGGCAUUGGCUAUUGUUAAAGGUUUAACGAUUUUGGAAAAUCCUGCAAUAAAGCGUUGGAAGCCGGCGUUAAUAAGGUUUAAAAAUAUGUGGUUUAUUAUUCGUUGGAAAAUGGUUGGUGCGUUAAUAAGGCUUAUAAGCAUAACGGUAAAUUUAAAAAAGCUAUAUUUGCAACGGAACGCUAUUUUCCAUUCGUGCUUUAAUUUUAUUCGGAUUAAAUGGAAGCCGGUUUUAAAAUCGAUUUUGUUAUAUAUGGGUUUCCAAUUAAAAAUGGCCCUUUUUUUAAAUGUAUUUUGUAAUUUUAAAGCUAAUGGUUUGGUUGGAAAUUUUACGGGAUUAAAAUUUGCGGCACGAUUUGCAUUCGUUCGUAUUAAAACGGAUAUUUUUAUAAUCCCGUUUAAAAAUUCCAAUAAAAUAAUGGCGGGUUAUUUAUUAAACGGGCAGCAAAACGUUGCAGUUCGGAUUUAA